AUGCCUCCACGCCGCGCAAGAACAGAAGAGGACAAGAAGACUUCGAAGAAAUCAAAAUCAUCAACAUCAUCAUCGGGUGAUAAUGUCAAAGUGCAAAAGAAGAGGAAACAAACAAAAUCAACCUCCUCUAAGAGAGGUGGUAAAGAUGUUGUUGCUCCAACGGUGAUGGAAAUCAACGACGAUUCGCAACAAGAUCAAGAAUUUUACUUUAAUUUGUGGGGACAAGAGGUGAAUGAAGAUUUGAUGCAAUAUAUUUUGGAUUUUGUACCGGUUUAUCCUGAUUUGUUGAAUAUGAGAGCAACGAAUAGAUUUUGGAAGAACAAGUUGGAGAAGGUGUUCUUUCCAAAGGUGAAAGUUCUUGAUUUGUUGACCAGAGAAAAGAAUCAAAUUGAAAAGUUUAAAAGUACCAAGUUGAAACAGAUGGCUAGUUAUUUUCCAAAUUUUACCAAGUUGAGAGUUUGUCAAAGUGGUUGGGAGGCCUUUUUUCAACAACCUAACAAGAUUGAAACAUUUGAAUUUUUUGAUUUGGAAUGUGUUGCUUUGGCAACUGGGCUUUUUGAAUUUUUGGAUGUUUUAGUGGACUGUCACAAGAAUAACAAACACUCUUCAGAUCUAAAGACUGUCAAUAUUUAUGGAACUUCUGAAAAUGGUUACAUCUAUUUUGGCACAGACAAGAACAAAAUAAUUAACUACUUGAAUGGAUUGCACAAUAAGAAAGAAACUCCCAUGAGCUCUCUAGAAACAAUUAAUUUGAAGUAUCAUAAUACAUCAGAACAACUUCUGACACGAUUGAAAAAGGUAAAGGCUGAUAACCCUAUCACUGAAUAUGAUAAUGUGCUAGAGUUUUGGGAUAUGCUGGUUUAUGAGGAAAAUAUUAAUUGGAAUCUAUUGCACCCAUUCAAGCUUGUAGAGUUGAAAAAUGACGAUCUAUAUGAUGUAAUAAUUGAAUAUGCAAAGGCUCAAGACAUUCCUGUCCAGAUAUCAGAAUUUGAAUCAGAAUUGGCGCGUAGUGAUUUAUUGUUUGACGAAUUUUACAAAAAAUUUGUUGCUAAUACUGAUCUAGAACCUCAUUUGAGAUACAAAAUGGACCGUUACAUGUUAAAUAGAAUAUUUCAAAAUGGAAAUGAUCAUCUGUUGAAUCUAGUUAUAGAGAACAAAGAAAUACCACUAAUAAUCGAAGGCGCAUAUAACCCGUUGACAUGCCUGGUGAAUAAUCGGAAAAUAACAUUACUUAAAAAGGCUUUAGAAAGAGAGCCUACAUUGUUAAAUUUGGGAAAUAGUAAUGGAAUAAUAGAGGGUAAUGCUGCAAACAUGAAUCUUCUUUACUGUUUAUUCAAGUCGAAUGUAUACAGUUAUUCCCCAAUUCCAUUCGAUAUAGUCAAAUCUUUAAUAGACCUUGGAGUGGACCUUAAUUAUACCUGUUCAGAAGGAUCUAUUUUAAGUUAUAUCUCAGAUUAUAGUGCUGGAAGUUUGUCACUCUUCGAGAAUAUUGAAUUGGAAACUUUAGAAAAAACAAAUUCUAAUGGAUUAAAUGCAAUAGAAAAUUGGGCCUCACGAUUAAGACAAUUUGGUUCUUAUAACAGUAUGGAAUUUUUAAAGUUUUUCAACAAAAUAUAUCAAAGAAAUGGCAAAGAAUUGAAAGACUUUAGAAGCUCUAAUGGUGGUAAUCUGCUCCAUAUUUUGUCACGUGCACCAAGCACACUUACUGAUUAUGCUAUUACAACUUUGGGCGUUGAUAUCAGCCACAAGAAUAAUGAUGAAAUACCAGCAUUGUUUGUUGUGAAUUCCAGUAUGUGGAGUAGUACAUUGCUUGCAUCAUUAAAAUUAGAGGAGUUAAAUUCGAGAGAUGCAAAUGGGCAAACUCUACUCUGCAAAUCUCUCCUUGAUUCUGAGCGGCUAAGUAGUUUGCUUGUUGAACGGGGUUGUGAUUUGGAAUAUGCCCUUUCCAAUGUUCCGUUCAAAUCAGAAUUUUUCGAGUUAAAAAAGGGGGAACCAUACAUCAAUGGAGCCAAAUUACUUUUGUAUUAUGCUUUUGCACGCUCCAUUAAUUAUUUUUCUAUUUUGAACAAGAGUAAGGAGGUUUUAAAAAAGUGUCUUGAGAUUGAGAUUACAAUGAGUUCUGAAACACUUGGAGUAGUUAAUCUAACUCCUGUACAUACAUAUUUAAUGCUUGGUAUUGAAACUCAAACUAUUGCUGAUCUUGGCUUGAUUACAAGAAAGAGGUACAUAGUGAAUGGGUCAGUGGAUUAUGGGAAUUAUACAGACGAAAAUGAAGGAAUGAUAAAUUACUAUGCUCUUCAAGCAAUGAAUGGAAUUUAUAAUGAGUAUUGUGUCAAUUCGAAGUUAUAUGAGGAGGAGAGCAGUAUUACCAAAUUAAAUUCUUGGAAGUUAGCAGUGAAAUAUGGUCAUUACAGGGUGGCUAAAAAAAUUAUACAUUAUUUAGGUAAACCAUUAGACGAAUGCGAGUCAACUAUCAAUGAACUGGCUUCUGCAAACUUGCAAUAUCACAUUUUAGAAGAGUCUUUGAAGCGUAAGCUUAAAGAAAAAAAUCUAGUAGGAGAUGAUAAGAAAUUGAUUUCAGGCUAUAUUUUCAAUUUUACUCCUUUUGGUGACUUUUCAGAAUUAGAGCCAGUUGAGGAUUUAAUUGAUUCAGAUUUGUUGGAACAAAAGUGUAUCGUACAACUUGUGAAUAGAGAUGAAAAUAGAGAAUUGACUGAAUUUCUUAAUAACUACGGGAACACAAGCAAUCCUUCUACCAUCAAGUAUAUUGGGAAAAUGUACAGUUGCGUUCAGGAGCCUGUUACUUAUCAAUUAAGCAUGUUGGAGGUUUGUGCGUUGAAAGGUUAUCCCCUUAAAAAAAUUCAAGAAAAGUUGACAACAGAGAAGGAAAUUCUUCAAUUCUUGUCGAGAAUGGAUAAGAAAUCAGGCAAAACAAUUAUGCAUUUAUUGUGUGAUAGUUCCUUGCCAGUUUAUUUCCGAGUGGAAAAGAGAGAAUUGCACUCAUACAAGCAUUCUCUUAUUGUUUCAUUACUCUCCAAACUUUCUGCUGCUUCCAAAAAGAAAGUAUUGAACUUAUUAGACGACAACCAUGAAACUCCAAUCUUUGCUGCCAUCAGAGCCGAUUUCAAGAAUUUGGUCAAAUCUCUGGCUCCAAACACAGAUAUGAGUUUGAGAAAUUCACAAGGAAAGAAUUGUCUCGAAAUUUCGCAAUCAGAAAUAAUUGACAUUCUUAUACAGUAUGCCGAUAAAAAGACAUUGGCCUCAAAGAGACAAAUUGAUGAAGAACAAAAGAGUAGAAAGAAGAAAAAGUAA